AUGACUUACAAUAAUCCGGUCAUUCCAGGAUUCAAUCCCGACCCUUCCAUCGUUCGGGUUGGCGAGGACUUUUACUUAAUCACCUCCACGUUCGAGUACUUCCCUGGGAUUCCUAUCUAUCACAGCCGGGAUUUGAUUCAAUGGACGUUGAUCGGUCAUGCGUUGACGCGGACCAGUCAACUCCAAGUCCAUACCCCGGAGCCCGGAGGAGGUGUCUGGGCACCCACAAUUCGCUAUCAUGGGGGUAUCUUCUACAUCAUGGCGGCGAGCUUUCAACGUUACCGUCCCCAGCAAGACGAUCGGGUGUGGCCCCAGGGAUUCUACGUCAAAACAAUGGAUAUAUGGAAUGAGGAGACAUGGUCUGAUCCCAUAUUCUUUGAUCAGGUUGGGUUUGACCAAGACGUGAGUUUUAAUUUUUUGGAUGAAGAUGGGACCAUUUAUCUAUCAUCCACCUACAGAAAGAUCCAUCCAACACCAGGCGACGAACUAAAAGACUUUGCCAUUCACAUCUGUACUGUCGACCUCGCAACUGGACACUCUACCUCCGAGCCUCAAUUGAUCCGCGAAUCGCUUUCUGGUGUCGCCGAGGGAUCCCAUAUCAUCAAACGCGGUCGUUAUUGGUAUCUUUUCACAGCUGAAGGAGGCACCGAGGGUGGCCAUAGUGAAUGGGUCCAUCGCAGUGAAGUCGGCCCCUUGGGACUGUGGGAGCUCGGACCAAACAACCCCCUUUGGCGUAAUGGCGUUGAAGACGAAGUGCAAAACACCGGACACGCAGAUUUGGUCGAGGACAGCAAAGGGAAUUGGUGGGCAGUCUUGCUUGGAGUCCGCCCUACCAGACAGGGAAACACAUGGGAAGACUCCGUACUAGGUAACGGCCGGGAGACAUUCUUAGUGACUCUGGAAUGGAAGAAUGACUGGCCUGUAAUUAACGGAGGACAGAAAAUCUCUCUCAUCUCACAAGGACCUGGCCUUUACCAGUUCGAAACCACUGUCGCAUGGAGAGAUGACUUUUCAGAGUCACGUAUGCAGUUAGGAUGGUAUAGAAAGAACACUCCAUUUGUCAACGACUACUCGCUUACUGAGCGCCCCGGUCGCCUUCGUCUUUAUGGAGGGCCUUACAACUUGUCAGUUCCGGCCUGUCCAACGAUGUUUCUUCGCAAACAAAUCCAUCGCGUCUGCAGAUGGGAGACCAAGCUGUCCUUUCACCCUAUAUCCAACCAAACCGAAGCCGGCACUGUGCUGUGGCUGAAUUACUUCACAUACAGUAGUAUCGGUAUCCGUAAGGACGACCAGGGCCGAUUCAUCCGUUUCCAGCCAUCAGAGGGAGAUGCCACGGAGUAUCGGUUGAACGAUCAAACUGAUAUUACUCUUAUGAUUGACUGUGGCACAAAGUAUAGAUUUGGGUAUUGUGCAGGCACGGGAGAUGAUGUUCAUUGGAUUGGAUCAGUCUCUAAUGGUGCUGCAAUGAAGGUGCCUCCGGUCGGGGCCAUUUUUAUUGGCAUGAUGACGGGCUUAUAUGCACUUGGAGAGCGACAGCGGUGCCUGGUUCCAGCAGACUUUGCGUAUGCCGAGUUCAAAUGA